AUGUCUUUUAACUACGUUAAACAGGCGGGCAAGUUUUUAUGUAUCGGGCGCAACUACCUGGCCCAUAUCAAGGAGCUUAACAAUGCGAAGCCAUCAGAGCCGUUCUUUUUCCUGAAGCCACGGUCGUCUGUUCUUCUUCCCAAGCAGGGCCCGGUGUUGGUUCCGCAAGGGACAAUUGUCCACCACGAGGUGGAGCUUGCUUGUGUGAUCGGCAAGACACUCAAGAACCUUGACCCAACAAGUUUUACUCCGAAAGAUGCUCUGGAAGCACUCAGCGGCUAUGCGUUGGCUAUCGACAUGUCUGCCCGUAACGUUCAGGACGAGAUGAAGAAGAAAGGCUUACCAUGGACCAUUCCUAAAGGAUUUGAUACAUUCAUGCCGUUAUCUGCGUUUAUUACCAAGGAGCAGAUUACGGAUCCGUACAAUGUCGAAUUGAAUUUGACUGUGAACGGCGAGACUCGUCAGAAGGAUCUGACUAAUUUGAUGAUUUUUUCUCUGCAUCGGAUUCUCACCACCAUGUCGUCGAUCAUGACCAUUGAGGAAGGAGACGUUGUUCUGACAGGAACCCCUAAGGGCGUGGGCCCAAUUGUUGCCGGAGACAAGAUCGAGGCGUGGGCCAGCGUGGAUGGUAAGAUCAUUCCAGAGAGUAUUUUAGAGCUGGACGUGGCCGAGAAACCUGGUCCAUAUAUAUACCAAUCUAAGUAG